GAACGAUGCACAAUUGACUCCAAGUUCGAAUCAUGGAGGACGCAACGACAAUCGAGCUCGAUUCCACAGUGAGGAGUCAAAAUUCAAGUCAUUCCAAGGAAUCGAAAGAUUCGGUAAAUUCGGAAUCGAAGCCGGAGAGUUGUCUAGAGUCGAAACAUUCGAAAGAUGUUCUUAUCCCGGAGAAGCAACAGCGACAGCAUCAGCAUCCGAAGCGUGCCGAAGAUCGUCAAGAUCUUCAAGCAACUUCCGAGGCAAAGGAUGAUUCCAAUAUACUCAUGUUCACCUCCUGCGGACAAUUGCUGCUAGGCAUCGUUCUGGUCGUUUUUGGUGUCCUGGUGCUCGUCCACGGCGCUUCCUUGGGUGGUUCCGGUGCAGGACUCUGGGCAGGUGCAGGUGCCCUGGUUGCCGGUGCGCUAGGAGUGGUUGCAACGUUAGCGACGUCUUCCACUAAAACAAAUUCCGCUUUCGCAUCCGCUCAUCUCGCGUCCAGCUUGAUUGCUCUUGCUCUGUCCAAUAUGGCCGCUAUAACGGCCUUGACAGCGGUCGUCAGGGACUCGCAGAGGGCAUCGGAAGUAUCGUUUCUCAGCCUCUCGGAUGAUGACAGCAACGUGGUGGAAGUAGACGGUGGUUUGGCAGGUUUGCUAGCGAGUAUAGGCUUGCUAGUAGCCAGUGUGGCAGAACUAUUGGUAUCCGGCUAUAGCUGUCUGACCUUGACACCAAAGUUGUGCGGCUGUCUACGAAGUAGUAUCACGGAUGAAACGGCGAGCGAUGGUCAUCUGAAGACUCGCAAUAUGGUUCACCAGUGGGUCAUCACGCAGAAUCACGUGCCCGCCAAGAGCCAGCAGACACCGAUUUAUGUGGUGCAACCGAUGCCGAUGCCGAUGCAUCCAAUGAUUCAGCCACCAUAUGGUAUGCCACCACCACCAGCACCAGGAAAAUUUCCGCUUGGAGCAUUCGUGCCUGCUGGAUCUCUUUCGAUCUCUGCACCGACGACAUACGGCGCCCUACCUGUAUUGUCUCAUAUGCCUCCGUAUGUUGGACGACCGCCAUCUCAAUUGUUCCGGUCAAAACACAAACGUCAGCCGCUGGCGGAUCAGGAGGAAUUGGAAACAAAAAGACAAAUUGAGAUUAAGAAUGAAUCUUUGAAGAGGAUGUCAUCGAUCGGGGAGGAUCAAGUGGAUCUAGCGCAGACGUAUACGGGAUUGGACAAGAGAAUUUCCGAGGAGUUUAUUUCAAUCGCGAUGGAUCCGGAUAGAAAAUCUAAGGCUUCCAGUCAUUAUGGCAGCGAAAUCGGAACUGCAAAAACUUUUUAAUGACUUUUACUUGCAAUAAUAAUUAAAGGGCUUGGUGCAAAAAUAGGAAUAUUUAUUUAUACAUAAUUUAUACAAUCUACUACUAUAUACAAUUGUAUACAUACAAUUUCUUCCUUCUCUCUCUCUCUCUCUCUCUCUCUCUCUCUCUCUCUCUCUCU